UACACACAAACAAAAAGCAACGAGAAGUAGUCGACAGACUGAAGGGCACCAGCUUUCCUUACGCAGGACGUUUUGCAGUCGUCAUCUGGUAUAUGACAGUCGCAUGGAGUAAAUAAGUGAAGUGUGUGGAGCUGAAGGAGCAGCUUCUGCGGGACACAGCGCAUUUCUCUUCAAGCAUGGAGAACUCGAGGGGCGCCCGUUUUCACAUCGCAUCAUUCGUGUUUCUGUGUAGCGCCCGAAGUUUUCUUUCAUUAGGUAGCAGUGCUCUAGACAUUCACAGCGUUACAGACACGUAUGUUAAUUUCAGCACUGAGCCAAAGAUAACUAUGGACACAGACGAGAACCAAAGACUGACAUUUAAACCCACUGUUGGAAAAAUUCACAUUUCGGAAGGAACUGAAAUUAGGUUUAACUGUUCAAUUGAAUUGUAUGAGGUUAAUCAUCACCUCAACAUUGAGUGGAUCAAAGAUGGCCAAGAGAUAAAUGGGAGCAAAAUGGUAAUGAAAGAUUUGCAAGCUACAGACAAAGGAGUCUCCACCAUAGUCUCGACUUGCAGCAUAAAUAGCGUGCAGCGUUCAGAUGCUGGGGAGUACAAAUGUCGACUGAGAGUAAAUAAUACAAACAUUGAGUCCAGUCCUAUCCAAAUUGAAGUAUUAGGACUCCCUACUUUUCUUAAAGAGCCUGAAAAUGUCAACAUCUCCCGAAAUACUCCAUUUAAUCUCACAUGUGCAGCUGUUGGCCCACCUGAUCCUGUAAGGAUCUCGUGGCUACAAAACAGCGUGAAGAUAAUUGGGACAGAAGGCCUCUCACCCUCCAUUCUCAGUGUGCCAGGAGUCAAUGAUUCCGUCCGCUAUAGCUGUGAAGCCACCAAUGACAGAGGCUUGAGCACAUCGAAAGAAGCGCACGUUAAUAUUAAAGGGCCCCCUUCAGCACCAAGUGAUCUGCAAGUAAUAAAGCAGUCUGCCCACUCCCUGUUGGUCAAGUGGCUACCAGGACAUGAUGGUUACUCUCCACUUCACACCUGUCAGAUCUCAGUAAACCAGACGAUAUUUGGUUUUUCCAGCCAUCUAAGAGACAUAAAUGUCCCAGUACCUCCUUACGAAUGUGACUUGAAGAACCUGACUGCCAUGACUUCAUUUUGGCUGCGAGUGUCCUGCAUGAAUGAGAUUGGAUGGUCGGGUUGGAGCAAGUGGAUCCAAAAUGAAACUCUUGAAGGAGUUCCGACUGGUGCUCCACAGAAUGUUACGUUGACGGUCAAUGGCUCCUUUCUUGAGGUGACGUGGGAAAGUCCUCGAGCGGAUAAGAUCAACGGUAACCUGAGUGGCUAUGCUGUCCUCAUCAAUGGCUUGGAGACUUCCAUUGGGCUCAAGAACUUUCACUACAAAACUUUGACCGUCUUUAACCUGACAUACCAAGCUCAAGUAGCUGCAGUUACCAAAGCAGGAAAAGGAAUUUGGAGCGAACCUGUGAAUGUUUUUGUCCAUGAUUUUGGAUUGGCUUUAGCUCCAUCAUCCUCUCCUUUCAUCCCUAAGGCUGAUCGUAUCUUGUUGGGCAUUGUAUGUGGAGUCACGUUCAUGGUAAUGGCCAUUUGUGUGUUUGUGGCUGUCAAAAAAAGGAUUCAUGAAACUCGUUUCGGGCAUGCAUUUGAUAAAGAAAUGCAGCCCAUUGUGCAAUACAGACCAAACAGAUCCUAUGGGCGUCAAGAUGAUGAAAUAACCUCUAACAUUUUGGGAAUUAAUGAAGAUCUGCAGACCAAACUCCAGGAUGUAAUGACUGAUAGAAAGCUGCUUUCAGUAGGGAAGGUCCUUGGUGAAGGUGAGUUUGGCUCUGUAUUUGAAGGUCACCUGAAGCAGCCAGAUGGAAGCAGCCAGAAGGUCGCAGUAAAAACUAUGAAAAUGGACAACUUCUCUCAAAGAGAGAUCGAGGAGUUUCUCAGUGAAGCAGCUUGUAUGAAAGAUUUCUGUCACCCAAAUGUCAUCCGACUGCUAGGAGUUUGCUUAGAAAUAAAUUCCCACGAACGUUUUCCAAAACCUAUGGUGAUUCUACCUUUCAUGAAAUACGGUGAUUUGCACAGCUUCCUGCUUCGAUCUCGACUUGGAGAAAGACCACAGUACUUACCACUCCAGACGCUGCUGAAGUUUAUGAUAGACAUUGCUUUGGGAAUGGAAUACCUAAGCAGCAAGAAUUUUCUGCACCGUGAUUUAGCAGCAAGAAACUGCAUGUUGCGAGAUGACAUGACUGUCUGCGUGGCAGAUUUUGGCCUGUCAAAGAAAAUUUACAGUGGAGACUAUUAUAGACAAGGGAGAAUCGCAAAGAUGCCUGUGAAGUGGAUUGCUAUUGAGAGUCUCGCUGAUCGAGUCUUCACCACCAAAAGCGAUGUGUGGGCUUUUGGAGUGGCAAUGUGGGAGAUUGCCACGCGUGGCAUGACCCCAUAUCCUGGAGUUCAGAACCACGAAAUCUAUGAUUAUCUUCUUCAAGGGAACAGGCUAAAACAACCAGCAGACUGUCUGGAUGAACUGUACGGCAUCAUGUAUUCCUGCUGGAGAGCUGAUCCAGCCAGUCGCCCCAGUUUUACAGAAGUUCGGAUUUGCUUAGAAAAGUUGGCAGAGAGGUUGCCUGAGGCAGCUAGCAAAGAAGACAUCAUCUAUAUCAAUACAAGCCAUCCAGAGGAGGAGGAGGAGGACGAGGAGCAGCAAGCGGAGGACGAGGGGGAAGCGUGUGUGGAGUUAUGUGGACCACAGCUCACUUUUCAUAAAAAUAGACUUCCAGCUUAUCCUAAGUCCACAGUAGACAAUGGGCCUUGUGUGGUGACCGCUGAAGUCCAUGACUCUGAGGACUUGGAGAGCAGGUACGUGUUUGCCAUUGCACCACAGGAUCCUGCAGCUUCCAUGGAUGUGACAGCACCUUUAUUACAGACAGACGUGCUAAUGCAUGCAAACAGAGAUGCCAGCGGUGACCUUCAUCAACUGGACAACACAUCAGAGGAUUCUGUUAUCAUGGUAUGAAGAGUGAAGGGGAUGAGUUUUACUCGAACUGUGCAAUGUGUGAGCACGCUAUCACUGCUGUCUCUUCGGCCACUUGUCCUAGCGUAUAUUCACCACUUGGCCUGUAAUGCAGACUUUGAGAACUUCACUCCAUCAGAGGUUCCUUGUGUUGAACCUGUGAACACAGGAUGUGUUCAGUUGCACUUUAAGAAUAUAUACAGUGUUAUUUCACCCUGAUGCAUUAAUAUCGUAUGAACUACUGAGCCUAAAUUCUGAACAUGUUUUUGUGAGCUGUCAGGAUGAAACCAGUGCAGUGUUUUAAGAUCGUCUGAGUAGCAUUGUCAGGAUUACAAAAUAUUCUUCACCAUGAGUUAAGUAACUUUACUUAUGUGGAAAUGUAUGGCAUUUCAGAGUCUAUAGGAAGUUGUUUUAUAUUUCUGAUUAGAUUUAAGGUCUCAUGUUAAUUGUUAUUUUAGAUGGUCAGCUGUUAUAUUUUGAUGAGUCUGAAGUCAGGAUUGAGAUAGAGAAGGUAUUCAGAUCCCUUCAUUUUUCCCCAUUUUGCUAUGUUGCAGCCUUGUCCUAAAUUCAUUUUUUUUUUACCUCAU